GUUCUCCCGUCCAGUCCGAGCUCUCGAGUCCAAAGUCCAAACGACCAACCCCUGGCCCUCGCUGACCUCCGAGAUGGCGGCAUCGCUCUCCAAGCACCUCCGCCUCCGUCUGCGCGGCGGCGGCGGCGGCGAGCACUGCCUCCUCCCCUCUCGCGCAUCCACUUCUCACACCUCAUCGCCACCACCUCCCCUUCUAUCGCGUCCUCCCGCAGCGGCCGCGCCGCCGCCCCCAGGGGCAGGCAAUGAGGCCAGCGCGUGGUCCAAACUCUUCCUCUUCGCUCCCGGCGCCAUCACCUUCGGGCUCGGCACAUGGCAGCUCUUCCGGAGGCAGGAAAAGAUAGAGAUGCUGGAUUACAGGACGCGGAGGCUGGAGAUGGAGCCCGUGGCGUGGAACGAGUCCGCCUUAUCCUCGGUCCUUCGUGAUCCGUCAGCACUGGAGUUCCGAAAAAUUGUGUGCGAGGGUGAUUUCGACAAGGAGAAGUCGGUAUUCAUCGGGCCUCGCUCCCGGAGCAUCUCAGGUGUCACGGAGAAUGGGUAUUAUGUGAUCACUCCAUUGAUUCCUAGGUCGACGCCUGACAGCUUGCAGUCACCUAUCCUUGUGAAUAGAGGAUGGGUUCCUCGUGGAUGGCAUGAUAAAAACGUUAAGGAUCUCCAGAUCCUGGAUGAAGCUUCAGAGCCCCCAAAAGCUGUUAAGCCAGACGAAAAAGGUUCGUGGUGGAAGUUUUGGUCUAACAAGCCUAAAUCGUCUCCUGAGUUUGAAAAACCUAGGAUGCCACCUGUAAGGGUUAUUGGAGUAAUCCGUGGAAGUGAGAAGCCAAGCAUAUUUGUUCCAGCUAAUGAGCCCAAUAGUGGCCAGUGGUUUUAUGUGGAUGUUCCCAUGAUUGCUCGUGCUUGUGGACUUCCUGAGAAUACUGUUUAUAUUGAAGAUAUAAAUGAAGAUGUAUCUCCAACAAACCCUUAUCCUGUUCCAAAAGAUGUCAACACCUUGAUUCGUCACUCAGUGAUGCCAGAUGACCAUCUUAAAUACACGUUUACAUGGUACACUCUUUCUGCUGCUGUGACUUACAUGGCUUCCAAGCGGAUAAAAGCAAAGAAGGUCAGGUUAUAGCAGGAAUUUAGUCCAAACUUCCGCAUGAACGUCCAUUUGCGCGCAUGGUUUAUGCUUCUGCACUGGAAGAUGCCCAUGGUACUGGUUCUUUCGUGUCUGGCAAUAAGUAUAACAUUGCACUUUUUUGUUCCAAGUUGUUCUACAUUGAUACUGGGUAUCUCACAGUUGAGCUCUGGGGUUACAGCAAUUUUGUUAGUCAGAUUUCUGAUGAUCAUAACUUGGAAGGCCUGUAAGACUUGUGGUUUCCUUGUAGUAAUAUUUUGGCGGGGAACUUUAGCUGCUUGUUCUUCCAGCGUUUUUUUUUCACGUUGACUGCUCCACCGGAAAAGUUGUUCUGUCGCGGGCUCGCGUCGAGGACACACCAGCUCAAGACAGAGUUUGUUCCCAGAUUAUUCAUCUCCUAAUGGAUGCUUGCACAGGCAGCUCUGUUCUACUAGUUGCCAUAAUAUAUGAAAACUGACAUCUGAAUGAAUUGUGUCUGUAUUCAGUUUCACUGCAC